UGUGUUCGACACCGUCCGGUUCCUUCCCGUCGGGUUGCCUUCUUCUUUUUUGGCUUGCUUGCGAAGCCUCCAUUCAAGCUCGAGGGUUUAUUGGGAGUCGAUGGAGAACAGAUCGAUCCCUCCUUGAAACUGGCCUGGGCAUAAUGGAACGCUGCAAAGACCAAGGAUGCUUGCUCACCGCUUCCCCGCGCCUCAAGACGCUUGACGAUGGCGACAACGCACACAUGCCGGCUGACCUUGACGGUUGCGACCCGGUGGCCUUUGGUGGCUUUUGGUGGCUUUUGGCGGCGCGGUGGCUGCAAACGCAAUCGUGGGCGCCGCAGUCAUUGUUGUUUUUUUGGCCUUGACGGCACGAUUUGGUUUUUCUUAUUCCCUCAUCUCCUGUUUACUGGGCGUGGGGGAAUUCUGCAACAAAAAGAACCUUGGCGAGUGAAACCUUUCCGUAUUCAUGAGGGAGUUCGGACUCCCCAGCCAGUGAGAUGCCUCCGAUUGCGCGCCCCGUUCCUGCUCGGUCCCGGCGCAAGGGUAGCGAACCGCCUCCGACCGGGGCAGAAAGCCUGUCCUCGACCUUCCCCCUUUUGUUCGAUGCGACGCCGGAGCCAUCCCCGGCUUGAGCCCGGAGCACCCCUGCUCAUGCUGCAGAAAGCAAAGAUGAUCAGCUCAACGUUGCGGCACGGACACAAGAGUUGGGAGCCUCAGUCCCCUCGGCGGUUUCAGAGACUCGAUGGCAGAGUCUAUCGAGUUUGGCCCUCAACUCAACCCUGACGAGGCUGAUCGACAUCAUUUCCUUUUGUCACUGACCUCGGCCUGACGCCUGAGCUGAGUCCUGUGUGCUGUGUACAUCCCGCCCUCUCUCCGGAGCGCCCUGGCGCCCCAGCAGCCUGGUCGCCUUCCUGGGGUCGAUUCU